CAAACGGUGAUGAAAUGACAAGAAACCCAAUUGCCGGCCUUGGGGAGGGUGGGGGAGAGACCGCGUCCCUGCGUGCGUCCGCCGCGGAGCCCAGACUCCGGUAAUUGCUCCAGACAGGCGGCGCGCGGGGGGCUGGGCGAGGUCGCCGCGUAUAAAUAGCGAGAUUUCCAAUGGAAAGGCGUAAAUAACAGCGCUGGAGAUCCACCCGCGCGCGCACGGGCCGCCUUCCUCCCUCCUCCGCGCGGGGAGACGCGCGCACCCACCGGCCCCAGCGCCUCCAAAGCUUCCUGGAGUCCUCCCCGCGCAGGUUCCUCCCCGCCGGCCUCAGCCAUGGAAGAGCUCACCGCUUUUGUAUCCAAAUCUUUCGACCAGAAAAGCAAGGACGGGAACGCGGGAGGCGGAGGCGGCGGCGGGAAGAAGGAUUCCAUCACCUACCGGGAAGUUUUGGAGAGCGGACUGGCGCGCUCGCGGGAGCUGGGGACGUCGGAUUCCAGCCUCCAGGACCUCACGGAGGGCACCGGCCACUGCCCCGUGCAUUUGUUCAAGGACCACGUAGACAAUGAGAAGGAGAAGCUCAAGGAAUUUGGCACCGCGCGCGUGGCGGAAGGGAUUUACGAAUGCAAAGACAAACGCGAGGACGUGAAGUCGGAGGACGAGGACGGGCAGGCCAAGCUGAAGCAGAGGCGCAGCCGCACCAACUUCACCCUGGAGCAGCUCAACGAGCUGGAGCGGCUGUUCGACGAGACGCACUACCCCGACGCCUUCAUGCGGGAGGAGCUCAGCCAGCGCCUGGGGCUCUCGGAGGCGCGCGUGCAGGUGUGGUUCCAGAAUCGGAGAGCCAAAUGCCGGAAACAGGAAAACCAGAUGCAUAAAGGUGUCAUCCUGGGCACGGCCAACCACCUAGACGCCUGCCGUGUGGCGCCCUACGUGAAUAUGGGGGCUUUGCGGAUGCCUUUCCAACAGGUCCAGGCUCAGCUGCAGCUGGAAGGCGUGGCCCACGCGCACCCGCACCUUCACCCGCACCUGGCGGCGCACGCGCCCUACCUGAUGUUCCCCCCGCCGCCCUUCGGGCUGCCCAUCGCGUCGCUGGCCGAGUCCGCCUCGGCCGCCGCCGUGGUCGCCGCCGCCGCGAAGAGCAACAGCAAGAACUCCAGCAUCGCUGACCUGCGGCUCAAGGCGCGCAAGCACGCGGAGGCCCUGGGGCUCUGA